GUCAACAGGUGGGUUAUAUAUUUUCUUAGUGUUUGUCGGCAGUCAGUUCACUGCAGAAGAACAGGAGGAGAGGAGUCAUCCGACACCCUGCAUGGUUUGAACACGUUCACAAUGGAGCUCAUCUCACUUCUUCUAGCUGUUCUCGUUGUCCUGUUUCUGGCCAAUGUGAUCAAGAAUCAGAAGAAGUACAAGUACAGCAAUUUUCCUCCUGGGCCUAAACCUUUACCAAUUAUUGGAAACUUGCACAUAAUCAGCUCAAUGAAACCUCAAAAAUCAUUUAUGGAGUUAUCCAAGAAGUAUGGCACAGUAUUCAGCAUACAGUUGGGCACAGAAAAGAUGGUUAUCCUGUGUGGUUACGACACAGUGAAAGACGCUCUUAUCAACCAUGCUGAAGAAUUAGCUGGAAGACCUGUUACUGCCAUAGGUUCUAGGACAUCACGUGGAAAUGGCAUUUUAUUUUCAAAUGGAGAGAACUGGAAAGUAAUGAGGAGAUUCACUCUGUCAACAUUGCGAGACUUUGGAAUGGGGAAAAAGAGCUUAGAAAACAAGAUAAUUGAAGAAUGUGAAAGCUUAAUGCAGAAAUUUAGGUCUUAUGGAGGAAAACCCUUUAAUAAUCAAACCGUCAUAAAUGCUGCAGUGGCCAACAUAAUUGUGUCCAUAUUGAUGGAUCAGAGAUUUGAUUAUGAUGAUCCUACAAUACUGAAGCUCAUGAGAUUAAUCAAUGGAAAUGUCAGGAUUGCAGGAAGCACUAUGGUCAGGCUGUACAACAGUUAUCCCUGGCUCAUCAAAUGGCUACCUGGGGCCCAUAGAAAGAUCUUUGAAAGCCUCAAAGAGAUGCGGGACUUUGUAACAGAAACGUUCACAAGAAAAGAGAAAGAACUAGAUAUAAACAAUCAGAGGAACCUCAUCGAUGCCUUCCUUGCUAAACAAAAAGAGGGAAAACCAGAAUCUACAUUGUAUUACCAUAAUGAAAACCUAAACGUGCUGGUCAGUAACCUGUUCGCUGCUGGGAUGGAGACCACCUCAACCACUCUGCGCUGGGGUCUACUUCUAAUGAUGAAAUAUCCUGACAUCCAAACAAAAGUGCAAAGUGAAAUAGAAAAUGUUAUUGGCUCUGCUCAACCUCAAGUAGAACAUAGGAAGGAAAUGCCAUAUACUGACGCUGUCAUUCAUGAAAUUCAAAGGUAUGGUGACAUUGUGCCUGGAAGCCUCCCACAUGCCACAACGAAGGACAUGACAUUCAGGGGCUAUUUUCUUCCAAAGGGCACCGUCGUCAUCCCAUUGCUGCACUCUGUUCUGAGAGAUAAAGCUUACUUUGAGAAGCCAGAAGAGUUUUAUCCUGAACACUUUCUUGACUCAGAUGGAAAGUUCAAGAAGAAUGAAGCCUUCAUCCCCUUCUCAUUAGGUAAAAGAAGUUGUGCGGGAGAAAACUUGGCAAACAUGGAGCUCUUCCUGUUCUUCACUUCCCUACUGCAGAACUUCACAUUCCAGGCCCCUCCUGGUGCAGAUCUGGACCUAAACCCUGCCCCAGGGUUCACUAAUGCCCCUUUACCCCAUGAAAUGUGUGCAAUCCCUCGUAAUGAUACAUAUUUACCUAGUUAAGUGAACUUCAAGCAGUUGUCUUCUGCUGGCCUAAGGCAACACACCUGGAUAGUUUUGCAAUGCUUGGACAGUCCAUAACCUACAGAAGGAGCUACAUCUGAGUAAUGGUAGCUCUCUGCUCCUGCCCCAACUCAUAAGUCAGAACAGGGCUUUUAUUUGGACAUUUGAUCACAGCUGUUAAUCUAAAAAAAAAUAUUAUCUCCUCAGGCCUCCAGUUGAUGUUUAGUGCCCCCCCCCCCCCCAUAGGUAUAACAUGGUAUGGUCUAAGGAAGUCUCUAACAUUUUAAUCUUUAAUCAUGUACGGAGCAGAACAAGAAAUAAACAGCGGUGCGCGAUCACAUUGCAGCCAUUGACCUCCCUUGGUUGCGGUAUUCCUUUCUCACGCUCCCUCUCCGGCGUGAAACCCUGAUUCCCCGCUACCCGUGAUCACCAUGGUAGGCACAGAAAAGAACAU